AUGGAGAAGAAACAAGAGGAGGAGCUAAGAACAGAAUUAUACUCAACAAUUUCAGAUCAGAUGAUGAUUCCAACAACCUUUUCUAUGACAAAUAUUUUUUAUGAUUCCGGCAUGCCAUGUGAAUUUGAUCAAAAGGAAUCUUUAGGGUUCUUCGACGUUCAAGAUUUUGCAACCCAAUCUAUUUUCGAUUUGCUGCAGACACCCUCCUUGCCAGCAAAGUUUAUGCAGCAGCCUCUACCUUCACCAGUGGCUGAGUCAUCUGAGGGGGUCAACACUCCGGUGACACCAAAUUCAUCGUCUUUUUCUUCAUCGUCAAACGAAGCAGAUAAUGAUGAUAGACAGAUCAAAACUAUUGAAGAAGAAGAAGAGCAAGAUCAAGACAAGACUAAGAAACAGUUGAAACCCAAAAAGAAGAACCAAAAAAGGCAAAGAGAACCCAGAUUUGCUUUCAUGACAAAGACUGAGGUUGAUAACUUGGAUGAUGGCUAUAGAUGGAGAAAGUAUGGACAAAAAGCAGUGAAAAACAGCCCUUUUCCCAGGAGCUACUACCGUUGCACUAAUGCAUCAUGUGUUGUGAAGAAGAGAGUUGAACGAUCAUGUGAGGAUUCAUCCAUAGUUGUCACAACCUAUGAGGGUACCCACACACAUCCGUGUCCAAUAAUGCCUCGCGGAAGCUUUGGAGUUAUGCCGGAAACCGCCAUUUUUGGUGGCGGUGGCGGUGGCGGUGGAGGAGGUACUUCCUCUUUUAUGGUCCCAAAAAUGCAGCAUUAUCGACAACAACAACAACAACCGUAUUUCCAUAGCUUGAUGACACCACCUUCGAUGAAUUUUAGCACUAAUUGUAAUUCUUCGUUCCAUCAAGAGAGAACAUUUCGUCCCUCUUCGUCUUCUCUGGUUAGAGAUGAUGGGCUUCUUCAAGAUAUGGUGCCAUCCCAGAUGCUCAAGGAUCCAAAGGAGGAGUAA